GGUGAAAAGCUUUUGAGGCCAAAAAGAAACAUCUCUCCUAAUUCCAGUGUGUGGAAAGCAAAGUUUGAGUUUCAGUUUUCACGGAACUCUUAGACCUGGAAGAGACACAGGUCAAUAGAUGAUAUUUCAUGGUGAAUAGAAUUAUCCCAAAGUAUAGGAAUUUUGUUUUCAAGACCUAUUUUCUCUAGAGUAACCCUGGUCAUAUAAUUUACAGGAUGAGUCCUUGUUCCUUGCUACCUGUUAUUCUGGGAAUUCCUGUCUUCUUGCCUGAUUCAAAGACAGAAAGCAUUAAGAACCCAAGACAAUCUCUUUUGAGAGAGAAACGAGGCUGGACUGGUCACUCAUUUUAUGUGCCUGAAGAAUCAAACAUCAGUUAUUAUUACGUUGGCCAGAUAAAAUCUGAUUUAGAUGAUGGAAGUGAGUUUUUUCAGUAUAGACUUUUGGGAGAUGGAGCUGAAAGCACCUUUGUCAUUGAUGAACGAACAGGUGAAAUAUAUGCCAUAAAGAAGCUUGACAGAGAAGAGCAAUCCCUCUACACUCUGAGAGCGCAGGUAAUCGACACCAUUACUGGAAGGGCAGUGGAGCCUGAGUCUGAGUUUGUCAUCAGAGUUACGGAUAUCAAUGACAAUGAACCCAAAUUCCUAGAUGAACCUUAUGAGGCCAUGGUACCCGAGAUGUCUCCAGAAGGAACAUUUGUUAUUCGAGUAACAGCAAGUGAUGCUGAUGACCCAUCCACUGGCAACCAUGCUCGGCUCCUGUACAGCUUACUGCAAGGUCAACCAUAUUUCUCCAUUGAACCAACAACAGGAAUCAUAAGAAUAUCUUCUGAGAUGGAUAGAGAACUUCAAGAUGAGUAUUUGGUUCUUAUUCAAGCCAAAGAUAUGCUUGGCCAGCCUGGAGCACUCUCAGGAACAACCAGUGUCUUAAUUAAGCUUUCCGAUGUGAAUGACAAUAAACCGAUAUUUAAAGAAACUUUUUACCGCCUGACUGUCUCUGAAUUGGCACCCAUUGGCACGUACAUAGGAAAAAUCACAGCAUAUGAUAACGACAUAGGAGAGAAUGCAGAAAUGGAGUACAGUGUUGAAGAUGAUUCCCAAACAUUUGGCAUCGUUACUAAUAAUGAGACCCAAGAGGGACUUGUUCAAUUAAAGAAGAAAGUAGAUUAUGAGCUUCAGAACCACUAUAGAAUCAUAGCAAGAGUCAGAAACCCCCAUGUUUCUGAGAAGCUCAGGAUUUAUCACACAGAAGCAGCCAAGGCUAUCAUUAAGGUGCUUGUGAAUGACGAGGAUGAACCUCCCGUUUUCCUGCUCUCAUACUACAUUUUUGAAAUCUUCGAAGAAAGCCCCUUAGGGUCAGCUGUAGGCAUGGUUUCUGCCAUAGAUCCGGAUGCAAAGAAAUCUCCCAUUGGGUAUUCUGUUACCGAUACUAGGAGGUUCAGUAUUGAUGACAAUGGCACAAUCAUCACAGCACACCCUCUAGAUCGAGAGCUUAGUGCCUGGUAUAACUUUACUAUUUCAGCCACAGAAAAAUACAAUAUGCAACAAAUUUCUACGGUUCCUGUGUAUGUGAGAAUUCUUGACAUUAAUGAUCAUGCACCUGAAUUCCCUGAGCACUAUGAACCUUAUGUUUGUGAAAAUGCAGACACUGGUCAGAUAAUCCAGGUUAUCAGUGCUGUGGAUAAAGAUAAAUCUGAAGAAGUUCACCAUUUCUACUAUAAUCUCUCUGUGGAGGACACAAAUUCAAGUUUCAUAAUUAUGAAUAAUCUAGAUAACACAGCUUCAAUUGUGACAAGUAAAUCCGGUUUUAACCUUCAAGAAGAACCUGUCUUUUACCUGCGCAUCUUAAUUUCUGACAACGGAGUCCCCUCUCUGACAGGCACCUGCACCCUGACCAUCUAUGUCUGUGACUGUGAUGGCAAUGAUGACAAUCAGGCCUGUGACAACAAGGGGUUCAUAAAGUCUCUGGCAUUCAAGACUCAAGUGGCAAUUGCAUCCCUGAUAGGCAUGAUGUUAAUUUUUGGGCUUGUAUUUUUGAUCUUCGUUCUGAAACAACGACGCAAACAGUCUCUGUUUCCUGAAAAAGGUGAAGAUUACAGAGAGAAUAUCUUCAGGUAUGAUGAUGAAGGGGGUGGGGAAGAAGACACGGACGCCUUUGACAUAGUGGAGCUGAGAAGCAGGACCUUUCUGCGGCAGCCCAGGGCUCGGAAGGUCCCCAGCGAGGACAUCAGGAGCCUGUACAGACAGUCCUUGCAAGUGGGCCCCGAGAGUGCCCUUUUCAGGAAAUUUAUUCUCGAGAAGCUCCACGAAGCCAAUACAGACCCCUGUGCCCCACCUUUUGACUCCUUGCAGACCUAUGCAUUCGAAGGGAUGGGCUCCCUGGCUGGCUCCUUGAGUUCCCUGGAAUCAGCCGGCUCUGAGCAGGAUGAAAAUUUUGAUUACCUGAAUGAAUUGGGACCUCGCUUUCAAAGACUAGCCUGCCUAUUUGGUCCUGCCAUGCCAACCAACCAGUAAGAGCUUCCUGAGAGUAUGUCAAGGAACUAAUAUGGAAGUUGACUGGGUGCUGAUUUGAGGCUGGAAAGCGGUCUUCUCUGCUGUCUGCAAAAGAAUAACGUUUAUAACAAUAGAUUUCAAGCUUUCUGAUUUGCUUCCAAGAUGCCAAUUUUCAGAUGCCAAACCUUGCUAACUCUGCACAUCUUUGAAAUGCUCCUCUAGUAUGUGUAUAUAUUAUACACACAAUA